ACAUUCGUCCUGAAUAUUUGACACGCUCCACUUCUUCACUUUUUGCGCGAGAUUGUAGUUUAUUAUUAUAUUCGUUUGUUCUGAUUGCAGACUUAUUCACGAAUUCACACAUUCUUUAUAUCCAUAUCGUGGUCAUUUUAUAUUUGUGCUUUCGCGAUCAAGUUCAAAAUAUUUGUUUGGUUUACGAGAGAUCCCGGGUUCAUAUCCCGGACGAGCCCCCAAAAUGUGGCAACCAUUCGAACAAUAAAUAAUAAUAAAGAUACAAUUGUUAAAAAGGCGUUAGUUUAUUCAACCAGGUUAAUACGCUAGCGUCAACAAAACGACUAACUAGCUAGAAGAAAAGAACAACAGAAAUAUAAACAACAGUGAAGUUGGUCACGUAGAACGCUAAAUUACCGACUGGAAAAAUUUGAAAUCGGAUCCUGUCUCAAAUGAAGCGUGUGUUUGAGUACGUUGAGCAACGAAUAUAGACGCUUAGCCGUUAAGCGUCUGGCAACAGCAUUGCUAGAGAUGCCGAGCAUUAACAGUCAUUGAACAAUGAAAUAAAAAGUAAAUACAACUGCAGCCGGCAAAAAAUGGCGGGAUGGGAUAGUGAUUUCAAUACCGUCGACAAUUUAUUAAAUCCAAACUUGUUUGCCCGCAAGUCUUUUGGAUUCCAAGGUAUUCUCAAGGAAAAGGAAGAUAUCCUCAAGAAAAUUGUUACGCACAUCGGAGCUUCAUGUGAUGGCUAUCCAAAGUAUAUCUUUACAAACAUAGACUAUUACAAUUCAUUAACUGAUGUUAACAAUGUCUUGUAUAACGUGACUUAUAUACGUGAUUGUAUUGAUGCAAACAGAUGCCUAACUAUAGAACAUUAUAAAUUUGGACCAAAGUACAGUGAAAAAAAAGAAUACAGAGAAUUUGAGCCAUGCUGUGCAAAUUUUCACAGUGGCAAUGAAGCGUGCCUUCUUUGUGAUCCAACAUGCAAAAUAGAACAACCUAAACUUAAAGUAACAAAAAGAAGGACCAAAAAUAAAUCUAUUCCAAUCUUGGAAGAAGUAACUACAACAAAAUUAAAAAAGGAAAAUAAAGUACAAAAUUCAUUUGAAGCAAAUCAGAGUGUUGAUUCAGAUGUUGAACAUUUAAGAAAAUUAUAUUGGGAGCCAUGGGAAAACAGAAUGUUACUAGACUAUCUAAUAUGCAACAAACUUAUCUUAUUUGCAAAAGGUCCUAAUGUAUAUAGAAAAAUGAUUGCAGAUGGUUAUAUGAAGCAUAGAUCAGUAGAGUCUAUGAGGAUUCAUUUUCGUACAAAAAUCUUGAGAAAUAUAGAAACGUUUGACUUACCUCCAGCAGUCAUAAAAGAAUUCAGAAAAUUAAAAAAACUACAAUAUCCUGGUCGUCUAGCUCUUGUUUCUACUAAACAAAACCGUCAUGUAAGAAAGAUAAGGGAAAUUAAAAAAAAGAUAAGAUCAAGUGCCAAAGAAUCUUAAAUAUAAUAAGAAAAAUUAAACUUCCAUUUACAUCUAUCAAUGUCUUCUGAGUAUUGAGUAUUAUUUCACUUGUGAUGAACAGGCAUAAGUUGUGUGCUAUAUUAGUGAAAUUUGAUAUAAAAAGUAUGUAUUAAGUAUAGUCAUUAUGACAGCGGUUCCAUGAAGACUUUGACUUGUGACUUAUAUUGCAUUUAUCUUGCUUUUACAAAUAGAGUGUUUAUAUAUUUUUUUAGAUAAUAAAUAAUCUAACA